AAGAGCAUGAAGACUGUGUUUUUAACGGAAACAAACGCAGCAUUUACUGAGCAAAUAAAAAAGAAAAAAUCCUCGAGAAGCAGAUUGCCUUCUUCAUAUUACAUCUCUGAUAAUGGAACGAAUCAACGGAAGAGCAAACAUGGAACUCCAUCAGAAUGGGAUGAAUAUGUCCUUGGAAGGUUAAGCAAAGACACGGCUAGAUGGAUCGUAUUUGAAAAUGUUUCGGCGGGUUCACAGAAAGAACGACUCGACCGUCUCGUGAAGAACAAAUUCGGAGCAAAAAUUAGCAACACUCAUCUUGUUCGUGAAGAGGGAGAAGAAACAGAUAUUGAAGCGAUAGAGAAUAAAAAGCUUGAACUAAAGAAAAAAGAGCUGGAAGAAAGAAGGCACCGAAAGAAAAUUGAAAAGCUUGAGAAACUUCACGCUGAUCCUCUUCUGCAGCAAACAUUUGCACAAUAUUAUAAACUACCACGUUUCAUCAAACAAGAAAGAAGUAAAGUCAUCACAGUCAGUGAUUCAGUGAACCAAACAGCUCAGAACCUCCAAGUGAAACACCUGGAAGCUCCUCCUCCUCCAAAGAUGCAGGACUUUCUGAAUCCGGCUGCGGGAAAAUUUAUCAACUCCACACAGAAUGCAUUUGAACAGCAAUUAUAUACAAACCAAGCCAAACCUGUUUAUCAAAAGAAUGGAAACAAGAGUCGUAUUAUCAUGGAUGACUUAUCGGAGUAUCAAAGUAACAUCCAGGAUUUGUAUCCUCCCAACCGAGCUCAGUGGAGACAUGUUAACGGCAAAAAGAAGACACAUCGUAGUGGUAACACGACGCGUGGUUUACAACGUUGGCGUGGUCUUCCUCAGCCCGCAGACUUUACUUCGGAACGCGGUCUUAACCCUCCCUGCAUGGAGUCAGCUAAAUUUGAAGAUUUUAGAAUGUCCAGCACCACCACCACUAUGCUUAACAAUGCACCCAUGAUACAUAUAGUGGAGGAAUGGAGAUCUAAAUGGAGACUAGCUAGUCGCUGGCAAGAUAUUACUUUGGCCGAUGUUAUUACUGACAUGAACAACAUACAUGACCAUUUAAGGUUAGGUGCGGUGGCAGCGUGUGCAAUGGCUUCUCUGCACAAAAUACCAGUUGCUGAUCUUGCAGUAUUACCUGUCUUGCCAACCAUUGAUGCUUCUGUUUGUGAUGGAGGUUCAGAGAAAGGACAUCUUCCUGAAGUGUUGCUCACAGCAGUUAGAAAAAGUCUAGAAGAUUCAAAUAGCAGAGUGAGGCUGGCUGCAGCUAUGUGCUUGUACACGCUAUCCAUAUGCGAUGAAACUGUGGAAGAAAUAUUGGAACAUAAUUUAGAGCAUGGUGUUCCCACUGAUAAAAUGGCUUGUGCUCAGUGCUUAGCUUUGAGUGGUAACACUGACGCAAGAGUUGUUCACUUACUCAUUCAGAUGUUACUUGAAACAGAUCAGCAAAGUCAAGCUACUGCACUCCUUGUACAUGUCAGUCAACACACUAGGUUAGUACACUCGUUGCUAGCAGAACAACUUAACAGCAGCAGUUGGAAGGACAAGGUUAUUUCAUGUAAAGUACUCGCACAACUAUCUGGUAAUAUCAACCGAGAUCUUGUCCACAAACUUUCAAACUUAAUGUGGGAAGACUGGAGUUCUGAGGUAAGAAAAGCAGCAUCUCGUACUUUGGGUCGUACAGGCCAUGGUCGCGACGUUCACUUUGAUUUGAGGGAAAAACUUGCCACAGGCAAUGAACGUGUGUGUGCUGAUGUGCUUAGGAAGAUUGCUCAUCUUGGCAUCAUGACUGCUACUUUACUGCCUGAGUUUAUUAAAUGCUUCAGUGCAGAGUAUGUGUCUGUGAGAUUGGAAAGUUGUAAAACAGCAGCCAAGUUGAUGAUUGCUGAUGAACGAGUUGUGAAGCAACUUGUCCGACUCACCCAGUUUGACCCAGCAUGGAAAAUUAAAGCUUACGCCAUCAAAGCACUCGGAGAUAUUGGAAUGUUGUGUGAUAAAGCUGAGAGCUCCCUCGUGUGGGCUCUUCGUUUUGAAGAUGAACCUGGAGUUAGGUUGGAGGCGUGCGUGGCCAUUUGUAAACUCAACUGCCAAUCAGAUGAAGUUAUUCAUGUCCUGCAGGAUCGAGUUCUUGUAGAACCAGAUGCUGCAGUUAAAGAGGAGGUUCGGAAGACACUGGAUGCUUUUGGGAUGAGCGGACCAGAGGACAACAUGGAGAUGAUCCGUCAGAUCAAGGCAGAAGUUCAGAGGUUGUGUAAGAAGAGCGUGGUGGCUGCCAAAGUUAUCAUGUAUGAGAAAGAACUUGAUAAAUACGAAAGAAAGGCACAAAUAUCGGCAACGUUCUCUACGAUUCAAGUUCCAGCAACGAUUCAUCUGAUGAUGAUGACGUCACACCCGAAAUCAACAAUGUUUUAAUGAAGUCUUGUGCCUCAUCUUCAUCAAGAAAGAACUCUUUACCUCGUCCACCAAGUAUAACACUCACUCCUUCUGCUGAUCGACCUGAAACAAGAGAAAAAUCAAGCAGUCGCAUUGAAGUUUUGUACGAAGAAGAUCCGUCUAUGCUGAACAAGCGAGAUUCUUUAACUCCCAUAGCAAGCAGGCAACUUACACCAUGAAUAAUGAACACUGUACGUUAAAUACAAACCAAAACCUUGCAGAUUA